UACAAUUUGAGUACAAACAAAGUAAAAGAUUAAUUUACUUUUGAUUGUGUCUUUUUCUUAACUAAAACUAUGAUAAUUUACCUGAGAUUAACUGUCACCCUGUUGAUUACUUUAUUCACAGUUAAUCGAGUUAAUUCAUUACAAUGGAAAAAUUCACCAAGAGAAACCAGGCAACAAUUUCGCUUUCCAAAUCCUCCACCAAACAAUCAGCCGUUAAUUGGUGAGAAACCAACUCCACAAGAUGCUGAUACUUUCCUUGAAUGGUUAAUUAGUCGAUCACAAUUAGACUAUUCUGAUGUUUACCAAUCGUACGAUGGUUGGUUCAAUAAUAAAAAUAAUCCAAGUUCCGGAUCUUCAGGUAGCCCACUGAAUCGCUUGAUCCCCGCCAGAUAUAGUGAUGGAAAAGGUAAACCAAUCUCAUCACCUAAUCCAUUUCAUAUAAGUUCAAUUUUAUCCGCAAACCAAAACAAUCAGAAUCACAAUCAACUCGGUAAAAAUGCAUUUCUUGUAUUCUUUGGUGAACAUGUAACUAAUGAAAUCGUCGAUACAAGAAUUACGUCUUCAUGUCCACCCGAAUAUAUCAACAUACCGAUUCCGUGGAAUCAUGAAUUUUAUCGGUCCACAGGCCAUUCUUAUAUGCCGUUCGUACGAGCUAAACAUGAACGUAAAUCUGGUAAAUCUUUUGAUAAUCCUCGAAAAAUGAUUAACGAGGUGACUCCAUAUAUCGACGGUGGGACAAUUUAUGGCCGAUCAAAGGUGAUCUCUGAUCAAUUAAGAAGCUUUGAAUGGGGUCGAUUAAGAUCAGAUAAAAGCAAUAACUUUCCUCGAACUAAUCAAAACGGAUUACCUGUUGAAAAUAAACCAAUUUACUCAAACAAUUCAGCUCAUAUUAAACCAAUCAAAAGAUUCCUAGCCACUGGCGAUUUUCAUGCUAAUGAGAAUCCGUUUCUUUUGGGAAUGAAUAUAAUUUGGUUUCGAUGGCAUAACUUAAUUGCUAAGAAAUUGAGACAAAAAAAUGACAAUUGGGACGAUGAAAAAAUUUUCAAUGUAGCUCGACGUUGGGUAAUUGCUACACAACAACAAAUUAUUGUCAAUGAAUGGCUGCCCAUUUGGACUGGUCAACCCUUGGCUAAAUAUUCUGGUUACAAGCAAUCAGUUGAUCCAUCAAUAAGUCACUUAUUUAGCGGAGCGGCGAUGAGAUAUGGUCAUGUUUUGGUUCCGUCGAAAAUUAAAUUGUGGUCCAAUUCUUGCGAAUUGCGACAAAAGAACAAUCAAAGACCCAGAGUUACGAAAAUCAAUAGAAACUCAGGUUCAACUCAAUCAAUUUUCAACAAUCAACAAAUCGUCGAGUUAUGUAAUAGUUACUUUGAUUCUUCUCCUUUAACUAAUCACGAUUUUAAAUCGUCUCUCAUGAGUUUAACGAUGACCUCGGCUCGUCCUGAUGGAUCAACGAUAUCCAAAGAUUUACAAACUCGAACUUAUGGCCCAAUGGACUUUACUCGACGCGAUUUAGCCGCACUUAACAUUCAACGUGGAAGAGAUUUUGGUUUACCUGAUUAUCUAUCGACUCGGGCAUCAUUAGAUUUACCUGUUUAUGACAAUUUCAUUUCGAUUGCUGAUAAACUUUGGAAUGGAUCAUCGAUUGAUCAACAGAAUCUCAUCAACUCGAUGCUUCAAUUAUAUCCCAAAGUUGAUAACAUUGACCUUUGGCUCGGCGGAUUAAUGGAAUCAAAUGAUAACGGGAUUGGAUCAACAUUCAGAAAGAUAAUUAACCAACAAUUUGAGAGAAUCAGAGAUUCAGAUUAUUUUUGGUUCCAAAAUAAAGGAAAUAAAUUAUUCGAUGACAAUCAAAUCGCUAAAAUUGAAUCUCUAUCAAUUCGUGAUAUCUUAAUUAUGACACUUAAUUUGUCCGAUUCGUCCAUUCAAGAAAAACCAUUUCUGUUACCUAAUGAUCGAGAUAAUUACUUACCUGAAUGUGGACCACUUGAUUUAAUCAAAUUUCCCUGCAAACAAGGUGAUUGUUACUCAACAUCAAACACAAAUGAUGAAAUCAACUCAUGUCCAAAACCACAAACAUUUGAUUACAUGAUUGGCAGUGAGUGGUCAUUUUUGAUAACGAUCGGGUCACUUGGAUUGUACAUUUUGACCUGGACGAUAAUCCUUUGGCUACUUAUCGGUCGACGAAAACGUUCAGAUGAAUUGAAUCGGAAGAAAAGUAAAAAGGCCAAAAUGUCCGCCGCUUCUCACGAUGGAAACACAAUCAUUGCAUUUGAAUGGGAAGGUGAUAUGGACAAUUUAAAACCAAUUCUAAUUCAAUUUGAUUCCACCCAAAAACGAAUUGCAAUUAAAUGCCUCGGGCAGGGAGAGAAAUUAAUUCGUCGGAUUGAUUUCAAGGGAUUACAAUCAGUUAAAUUACAAAUCAGUGUUAAUCCAAAUCAACCAUUAGUGGCAGUUAAGUUUCCCAAUGAACAUGAUUUGAUUGUUUCCUUUGAUUCUGAAGAAGAGCAAACAUCAUUUAUCAAACAAUUAGAAUCGUUCUUGGCCUUGAUCGGUGUAGGUCGUGAUCGCCAAGAAAUGGACUCAAAGCGGAUCCUCAAAUCGUGUUACAGUAAAAAUCAACGACAGAAACACUUGGAAUCCUUUUUUCGAGCAGUUUUUGCUCAUGCUUUUGAUAUUAAACCAUUGAAGAGUAAAGUUGAUUUGAAGAUCGCUAAGAAUAUCUUACAAACUGAAUUAACUGAAUAUGAAUUUGCGGAAGCUCUUGCAAUGAGACCCGAUUCAUUAUUUGUGAAGCAAAUGUUUGCCUUGGUUGAUAAAGACGAAAAUGGUUACAUCUCAUUUAGGGAGUUUCUUGAUAUGAUGAUAAUUUUUGCGAAAGGUUCAUCGGAUCAAAAGGCAAAGCUCAUGUUUGAUAUGUAUGAUUUGGAUGGAACUGGAAGUUUAUCGAAAUCAAAAUUUUCGACAAUGAUUAGGUCAAUGUUGGAAUUGGCUAAUCAAAGUAUCGAACCUGGACAAAUGGAGCAAUUAAUUAAUUCUAUGUUUCAAUCUGCUGGUUUUCAUGAGAAAAAUGAAUUAACUUUAAAUGAUUUUCUUAAAUUUCUUGGGGAUUAUAAAGAUGAAUUUGGUUAUGUUGAACUUAAUUUAGAAAUUGGUGAUUUAAAGACAGAAAUUGAUUCUAAGCAAAAUAAACGUCAAAGUGCAAUGUUAAGAGCUCGAGACAAGGUUGUCCGAGCCUAUUCAAUUUACGGUGACAAUCAAUCGCAAUCAACUGAACAAAGUAAAUCAGAUCAACUGAUUUUCGUUGAAACCUCACAAUCAAGAGGUGAACAUGGUUUAGUUAAUCAACUAUCACGAUUCAUUGAUGAACGUAAAUGGCACAUCUUCUGGUUUUUGGUGUUCAUCUUAAUGACAAUUUAUUUGUUCGUUGAUAAAUUAAUUUAUUAUUCGUUUUUCAAUGAAGAUCGUGGAUUGCGACAAAUCACUGGCGUUGGUUUGGCCUUGUCCAGAGGAUCGGCUUCGGUUCUGAUGUUUGUCUUUUCGUUGAUUCUGUUAACCAUGUCUCGAAAUAUAAUCACAUUGUUGAGAGAAACUUUUCUUCAUAAAUACAUUCCCUUUGAUGCUUCAGUCUCUUUCCACAAGAUAAUUGCAAUAAUUGGCUUGAUAUUCAUUGUUAUUCAUACAAUUGGACACACUUUUAAUUUCUACAACAUUUUAACUCAACGCCCGGCUGACCUUUUAUGCCUUUUCCCGGUAACACAUUCAAGAUCAAAUGAAUUACCCAAAUUUGUCGAUUGGUGUUUUAAGACAAUCACUGGUAUAACGGGAUUACUUUUACUCGGCCUAGUGACCAUAAUUUACAUAUUCUCAACACCGAUUUCCCGUCGAUAUGUUUUUACCGCUUUCUGGACAACUCAUAAUCUUUAUCCUCUCUUUUAUUUAUUGAUGUUUCUUCAUGGACUUGGUCGGCUAAUCCAAUCCCCGCUUUUACCCUCUUAUCUGAUAAUCCCUUUAAUCUUAUUCAAACUUGAUAAAUUGCUCAGUAUUUCGAGGAAGAAGACAGAAAUUCGUGUGAUUCGAGCGGUUCAUUAUCCUUCCAAUGUCACGAUGCUCUGUUUAGCUAAGCCGGAGAACUUUGAAUAUAAAAGUGGCCAAUGGGUUCGAAUCGCAAGUGUUGGCCUGAAUUCGAAUGAAUUUCAUCCAUUCACUUUAGCCUCUGCUCCACACGAAGAGAAUCUUCAACUAUUCAUUCGAGCGGUUGGACCUUUCACUUCUAAUAUUCGACAAAUUUAUGACCCAAAUGGCCUGAGAAUGUCACCCAUUUAUCCAAAUAUAAGAUUAGAUGGACCUUAUGGCGAAACUCACCAAGAUUGGUUUCGAUUUCCAGUUUCUGUUCUGGUCGGUGGGGGAAUUGGAGUUACACCUUUUGCCUCCAUAUUGAAAGACGUUGCCUUUAGGGCUUCAAUUAAUCGCAUGCAAACUUGCCACAAGGUUUACUUCCUAUGGGUAACUAGAACUCAGAAGCAUUUUGAAUGGUUGGUUGAUAUACUUCGAGACCUCGAGGAAAAGGACAUCGCUAAUUUGGUCUGUGUUCACAUCUUCAUUACUCAAUUUUACGAUAAAUUUGAUUUAAGAACAAUGAUGCUGUAUGUUUGUGAGCGACAUUUCCAACGAGUCUCCAAUCGUAGUUUAUUUACUGGAUUAAAAGCAAAGACACAAUUCGGUCGACCCAAUUUUCACCAAUUCUUUACAUCUCUUCAGCGACUUCAUCCGAAGGUUGGUCGAAUCGGUGUUUUCAGUUGUGGUCCACCGCCGAUGACCAAUUCCGUUGGAUCGGCUUGUGAACAAUUAAAUCGUCAAUCAGGAGCUUUGUUUAUCCAUCAUUCAGAAAAUUUUUAAUUAUUAACAAUCAAAUCGAUCAGUUCAUUUUCAGUCUGAAUAAAAUUAAUUUGAUUAUAUUCAA